AUAGUCGUGUCCAGUACAGCAAGGGUGGAAGGCAGGAGGAAGGAACAGGUCUCUGAGAGCUUGAUUUGCUCUUGCUUAACUUACCCAAAGAUGUCUUACAACACUUCUCUCAUCAGCCCAAGUCCUAGAGAGGAUCCCAAGGGUGGCGGUUUCUUGGAAGAAAGCAGUGGUGGGGGUGAUGACAGCAACGACCUGGGAGGGGACAGCCUGGUCACGGGGCCGCUGGGUGCAGUGCUGCUGGUCAUGUGCCUCACUGGGAUGGUGGGGAACAUCUACACAGUGGCAGUGGCCUCUGGCAGGGUGGCAGGCUGCUCAGCAGGCUCCUUGGGGGUCUACAUGAUCAACCUUGCCCUGGCUGACAUCCUGUACCUCUCCACCAUCCCCUUUGUGGUUUGCACCUAUUUCGCCCACGACUGGUUCUUCGGGGAUGUGGGUUGCAGGCUUUUGCUCAGCCUGGACCUCCUGACCAUGCACGCCAGCAUUUUCCUCCUGACCGCCAUGAGCCUGGAGAGGUACUGGGCGGUGGCCCAGCCCCUGCGGGCCCGGCGGGCCAGCAAUGCCUGCCGCAGGCUGGCCAGCGCCAUCCUCUGGCUCCUCUCGCUCCUGCUCACGGCCCCCAUGAUGGCGAUGACUCGGCUGCGGGAGGGGGACGGCCCCCGCAAGCGCAUCUGCGUCCCCACCUGGACGCCAUCGGCUUUCCGGCUCUACCUGACCGUGCUGUUCAGCACCAGCGUCCUGGCACCCGGCGCCGUGCUGGGCAUCGUCUACGCCCGCCUGGCCCGGGCGUACCGCUCCUCGGCCUGGGGGCUGGGGCUGCCGCUGCCCGGCCGGGCCCCGGCGCGGCGGCUCCUCUGCAGGAUCUCUGCCAUCGUGGUGGCCUACUGGGCCUGCUUCCUCCCCUUCUGGGCCUGGCAGCUGGCCGGGCUGUACCAGGGACAGGGGCUGGGCAUCGGCCCCACCGCCCAGGCCUACCUCAACUUCGGUGUCACCUGCCUGGCCUAUGGCAACAGCUGUGUCAACCCCUUCCUGUACACCCUGCUUGCCAGCAGCCACCGCCGGCGCCGUGGCCGCACUGGGACAGGCAUGGCGCGGCCUGCAGUGCCCUCGCAGCAGGCUGCGGGGAGCCACAGCACCCCCCUGGCUUUCAGGGAGCUCUUGGGGUCUGUGAGGGAAAGCGAGGGCUGA